AAUAAAAAAGAGGAAAAGUUGACCAGUUUGUUUUACUUUUCGCCCAUUAAAAUAUUUAAAAAGAUUGAUUAUACAAAACCCACAUAUAUCAUGUGUUUUUGGCUAUUUAUAGGUGGAGGAUUGGUUAUAGUGCUUUGUUAUUUUAAGUUCAGGUUUUAUCUAAUACGGACAUGUUUUAUAGUUAUCAACGGCCGACGAUAAAAUGAUUUGUUAAAAAAACUGAACCAAUUUGUUUUACCCGUUAAAUUUAAUUUACUUUUAACAGUUAUAAAACCCACACAUUCUAAUCUAAUUUUAGUAUACACACUUCACACUUGUGUCUUGAUUGGAUGAAAAUUGUGAAACAAACGCAAAUCAAAAUGGUAGGAAAGAUAAAUUUGACAAAAAUAGGCCUAUUUGAAAUCUACAAGACUUCCACUAUCUAUCUUAAGAAAGUUUACAAAACGCUAAAGCGUCUAGAGACUGAUACAACUGACAGAAAUAGAACAAGGAAGAAGAUGAAGACUUCGAACUUCUCUCUUAGGUAGCCAUGGAGUGGGCUUAAGCUGAAACUGUUAGUUAGAUAGUUAAGAUCCUUGUGAUCUUCGAUAUAUUUGGAUACAGAAUAUCUCUAGAAUAUUCCUCUAGCAUAGAUAUGAUCUUGGAUUCGAUCUCAUUUGUACAUUGUCUUCUAUAUAUACUUUGCCAUCGUGAAUAACAUUCUCCACAGAGCUUCACUUAUAAUAUGGUAUCAGAAGCCCAGCCUCCAGCUAGUUUGCUCGAUCCUUCUCCGCUCUUUCAUUUUUUUUUUCUUCUCUCUCUCUUUGUUUCUCACUUCUCUCUCUUCUUGUUCUUCGAUUUUCUUGCUCUGUUCCUCUCUCUGUUUUCUUCUAUUCUUCUCAUCAUAUUUUUCCAUCGGUUAGCGUCUAGUACAUCGCCAUGGCCGACGCAACUCAAAAAUCCGAUAAACCGUUUGGCAUCUCCCAGAUCAAGUCGUACAUCCCCAUCACCCUCGACAUAGCCAAACUUAACUAUAUAUGACGUGUGGAGAGAGCUAUUUGAGACUCAUUGUCUCAGCUUUGGUGUUCUCAGCCAUCUCGACGGCACAUCCACUGCCACUCAGGCGACCCAACAGCAGUGGAAAGAACAUGAUGGCCUCGUCAAAAUGGGGAUCUACGGCACGAUCUCCGAAUCAAUCUUAGACACCGUUCUUAAGACAAAGUCCACCGCCCGUGAACUUUGGAUCACCAUCGAAGAACUUUUCCGUGAUAACAAAGAAGCAAGAGCGAUGGAGUAUGACACCGAACUUCGAACUCUCACCAUCGGUAACUCCACCGUCGCCGACUACUGCAAACGCCUCAAGACACUCUCUAAUCUCCUGGCAAACAUCGACUCUCUGGUUACUGACCGCCAACUUGUCAUGUACAUGUUGAACGGUCUCAACGACAAGUUCGACUCCAUCAUCAACGUAAUCAAACACAAAUCUCCUUACCCAUCGUUCACCGUUGCUCGAUCAAUGCUCCAACUUGAAGAAACUCGUCUCUCCAAACAUGUGAAACCUGCUCCUAGCCCACCAUCCGAUACGUCUACCCCAAAUAUCCUCUAUACCACGACGGACCAACAAUCUUCGCGAGGACAUCACUCCGGUCACCAAGGUCGCGGACACAGAGGUCGUGGUAUAGACGACGUGGCCGCUACAAUAAUCACUGGCAAUAUCAAAACCCACCAUAGGGAUAUGGUCAACCACCGUACCAGUCUCCAUAUUACGCACCACCACCCCAGUUCUACGGCUCGACACCACACAUGGCUUACCCCUUUGUUCCACCGGUUCAACCUGCACACCACCAGCCCCGUCCACAUGGUGAAGCUCACGUCACGCAAAUGCUUCCUCACUCUCCCACACCUCUCACAUACCUCCCACAUGCGCUAACCAACGCUCUCCAAACGAUGACCAUUCAGGAUCCGAAUGCAACUCCUUGGGUCAUAGAUACGGGUGCCACCAACCACAUCACCGCUCAACCAGGUAUUCUACGUACCACUUUUAAUUCGAGUCAUUUACCUAGUGUCAUUGUCGGCAACGGGUCCUCCGCUAAGGUCACUCAUGUUGGUAAUGGCCUCUUACCAACACCCUCUCGACACCUUCAACUUCGUAAUGUUUUUGUAUGCCCUUCUAUCAUCAAAAAUUUGAUAUAUGUCCGUCAUUUUGUCAGCGACAAUAAUUUGUCUGUGGAGUUUGAUCCGUUUGGUUUUUGUGUCAAGGAUCUCCUGACCAAGACCAAGCUCCUCCACUGCAAUAGCACGGGUCCCCUCUACUCCAUCACUCCACACACAAAUUUAUCCCCCCACAAGCAUUUGUUUCGGUUCCUCCUAGAAGCUCAACGUGGCAUCACCGCCUCGGACACCCUAGCAGUACAAUUCUUCAACGUGUUCUUUCCUCUAAUAAUCUCCCAAGCACUAAGACCGACUUGACAACUUUGUGUUCAGCACUAACGAACAAAACACAUUGAAAUAGACAUUCAUUUUGUUCGUGAUAAGGUGGCCAUCGGCGAAAUAAAGGUGUUGCAUGUGCCUUCCGCUCACCAGUUCGCGAACAUUUUCACUAAGGGUCUACCCUCUCCGCUGUUCUUGGACUUUCGGGACAGUCUCAACGUCCGCUCCUCCGGUGCACUGACGGUUCGACUGCGGGGGCGUGUUAGUUAGAUAGUUAAGAUCCUUGUAAUCUUCGAUAUAUUUGGAUAUAAGAUAUCUCUAGAAUAUUCCUCUAGCAUAGAUAUGAUCUUGGAUUCGAUCUCAUCUGUACAUUGUAUUCUAUAUAUACUUUGCCAUUGUGAAUAACAUUCUCCACAGAGUUUCACUUAUAACAGAAACUAGUCCAGCUUAAAUUCAUAUUUCUUCUUCCAUGAAUCGCCUCUCUUAUUUUCUUCGGCAAGCAUCUCUCUCUUGCUUCUCGAUUCCUUUUAAUCAAGCUUCUUUCUUU